CAGCUCCAGGGUUUACGUCUAUGCGUCAUGAUGUAAAUCUUGACGUCAACGUAAAUUACUUUGCUAGCCAGCGAGGAUGGUGUUGAGGUUGCAGCUGGGGUUUUCUAAAAACUAACACUAACCAAUACCUGCUGGAUGACUUGUCUGAUGAGAUUUAUGAAAUAAAUGAAGAGUUGUACAUAAACUAGGCUUCCAGCUCUCAGCCAUGUCUCAGGAGAGCCUCUCAGACCUGGCCAAUGAGAACACCGGCCCUCUAGUGACCCCUUCCUUAACCCUUGACCUCCUGUCACCGCACAGUGCCCUGCUUCUCGAUGCCGAGCUCAGCCAAAAAAACAAAAUCAAGGGCUCCUCUUCAUCUUCCUCCUCAUCCCCUAAGUGCCGUCGGAAAUACGCCACCACCACCCCGGCUGACCUCCUCAAUGGCAUGAUGGGCGGUGGGGAACCGCUGGACGACGACGACGACGAUGCCGGUCAGCGGCAGUGGGCUGGGGAGCUGGCAAACAACCAUGACAACGGCCAUUGCCAGUGGAGUGGGCAGGAGACGGGUCAGCAGCAGCACACUGGUCAGGGCAGUAACACCAAGUGGUUGAAGGAAGGCCAGAACCAGCUCCGCAAGGUGGCUGAGAAGCAGCAGCUGCAGCAGCAGCAGCACCAGCAGCAGCAGGACCCUAACCUCAACCACAGCCCUGACCAGAACCUCAACGUCAGCAGCCUGAACGAUAGUGGGAGCAGGAGCCCAGAUGAAGGAAACCCAAACCACAACUCGGUGGUCCUCCACGAGGCGAAGAACAACACCUCCAACAAGGCCCUCACAACCCUGUGUCUGGAGGUGGACGACAAGGGGACGGACGACGGGGUGCUCCUCAUCGACGACUCCGAGCGCCGCCCACGUGUGGGCAAGGAGCGGGAGAACCACGAAGAGGAGAAGGAGGUGGUGGAGGACGAGGAAGAUGAGGAGGAGGUGGAUGAUGAGGAAGAGGAGGAAGAUGAGGAAACCAUGCCGUCUAGUGGGGGGGAGAAGGACACAGACUCCUCGGAGACGCAGAGCCACAGCGAGGAGAGGAGUGGGGAGGGCGAGAGUGGGAAAAGCUCCGGUCUCCUGUUCCCAGGAAGAAGUGGGGCGCCCAGCGAUGAAGACUCCAGCUGCAUGUCACUGUCUCAGGGAAGCACAGCUAACAGCACUCCAGACGGGGAGACUGAGUCGUACUGGGACCGCAGCGAGUUUGAGACGGACGUGGACCUGCCGGCAGGUUGGAUGCGGGUGCGGGACACCUCGGGCACCUACUACUGGCACAUCCCCACGGGCACCACGCAGUGGGAGCCACCCUCGCCCCAGGAGGAGGGCGCCACCCUGGAGAGGCCCUCCAGCACCUCCCCUGCCAUCACACCCAGCGAGGAGCCACAGGUCACAUGGAGAGGCCCCUCUCGCCACAACAGGUUCAACGACGAGGACCUGUGGAAGGAUGACGUGACGUCUGAUCAAAGUCUCAAGGAGUUUGAGGGGGCAACUCUGCGCUAUGCCUCCAUCAACCUGAGUUGCACCCAGUCUGACGCUGAUCAGAAGCUUGAUGGCUAUAACACAGACUCCGAGUCUAAGUGUUUUGCGGUGCGUUCUCUGGGCUGGGUGGAGAUCUCGGAGGAGGAGAUGGCUCCUGGCAAGAGCAGUGUGGCCGUCAAUAACUGCAUCAGACAGCUGUCCUACCACAAACACAACCUGCACGACACAGCAGGCAUCUGGGGAGAGGGUAAGGACAUGCUGCUGGUGCUGGAGAAUGAGACUUUGAAGCUGAUCGACCCCCUCAGCCAAACGCUGCUUCACUCCCAGCCCAUCAUCAGCAUCCGUGUGUGGGGGGUGGGUCGUGACAACGGCAGGGAGAGGGACUUUGCAUACGUGGCGCGGGACAAGUUGACCCACGUUCUGAAGUGUCACGUGUUCAGAUGCGACACCCCUGCCAAGAACAUCGCCACCAGCAUGCACGACAUCUGCUCCAAGAUCAUGGCGCAGAGGAAGUCUUCCAAGACCUCCGUGAGCAAGCUGAAUAUCGACCCUUCCAAGCUACUGGACAUGCCCUUUCAGGAAUUUCCCGUACCAAAGAACGAACUGGUGCAGCGUUUCCAGGUUCAUUACCUCGGGAACGUGCCAGUGGCCAAACCUGUAGGUAAGGGACGCCUUGGAGUGGACAUCAUUAACGUUGCCCUGGAAACGGCUCUGAACACCAAAGAGAAAGAUGACUGGAUACCGGUGACUGUGAAUGUCGCCUCAGCGACACUUACUAUACUCCAUGCAGAGACGGAGGAGGUUGUGUGUGAGUGCCGCGUGCGUUUCCUCUCCUUCAUGGGCGUGGGGAAGGACGUGCACACGUUCGCCUUCAUCAACGCUGAAGCUCCUGGCCACUUCAUCUGCCACAUGUUCUGGUGCGAGCCCAACGCUGCCAGUCUGAGCGAGGCCGUGCAGGCGGCUUGCAUGCUGCGAUACCAGAAGUGUCUGGACGCGCGGCCCCCCAGCAGCGGCUCGUGCCUGCCGGGCCCCCCUGCGGACUCUGUGGCCAGACGUGUGGGCUCCAGCGUCAGGAAGGGCGUGCAGAGCCUGCUGGGCAGCUUCAGGCGCUCCGGCUCCCAGACGCCCUAGGGCUCUGCCCUGUCCCGCCCAGUGCCCUCUCUCUCUCCUCAUGUCCUCUCUCUCACCCCUUCACAUACACAGGACUCUCCCUCUCUCUUACACACUGUCUGGAACAACACUCCCUACCCCUUUGUCUGGUCAGUGUCUAAACCUCUCGUCUCCCCCCAGAUGGACUCUGAACUCCAACCACCCACUCACAUUAGCUGCCCACCCCACUCGUCACUUCUCCCUCCUUUCCUCUCCUCUCUCCUUUCCUCUCCUCUCUCCUUUCCUCUCCUCUCUCCUUUCCUCUCCUCCCUCCUUUCCUCUCCUCCCUCCUUUCCUCUCCUCUCUCCUUUCCUCUCUUUCCUUCCUGUCUUGGCUCACAGUCUGAGAUUCCUCCCUGAAUCAUCCUGUUCAGGAUUGGAUGUUCUCUGUUUGUGCUCUACCUGCCUUCUUCAUGUUCCUCUCUGGGGGCCAAAAUAUCUAACCUGUGACUCAUUUUAGAACCCCCCCCCCCCCCCACACACAUACACACACACACACACACACACACACACACACACACACACAUACAUACACAGUUAAUGAAUGGAACUGGAACGGUGACUUUGCGGACUUUGCGGAAAUUUGCCUCGCUGGCUGUCCUAGCCAUGUUGUGUAAGAAGGGUUCACAAGUGUGCUGAUCAUAAGAGUUAAUGAUCUUAGAAAGUUAUUUAUAUGAUAUCAGAAAUGAUCACGAAUUGGUCAUGAUUUGUGCAAUUUAGCAAUGAAAUAACGUAAGGAGGCAAAGGAACACCAGACUGAAAACAAAACAAACAAAACAACUGUAUCAAUGUUAACAAGUAGAGAACAGAUCCGUAUUACGAACAGAGAAGCAUCGAGUCAUUGUAGGAACACUGCAGUGAUCGAGAAUUAUGUAAAUGCAAACUAAAUACCUAAAUGUCUAUGUCCUAUGACGUGUGUUCGACUAAUUGUAUACUAUGUAUAGCUGCCAUGCGUUUCGUCACCACACUAAAAAGAGUCGGUUGAUUAUUUUAAACAUAAUGCUGGUUCAGGCCUUGUCGAUGUAAACCUUCAUUUGAAGAGUAGUAUGUUUGAUCAUACUUUUUUUUGGUAUGCUGGCCAGGUGUGCUUGGGAAGGCUCGUUGAAGGUCAUAGUGUCUCUAGAGACAUUUUUGUUCCUUUGGAGUGCUAUUCCACAGAGAUGAGUGUAGCGUCGCUUUCUGCUCCGUUCUAGGUUGUGGUUCUGGGAUGUCCUCGCUGUCCCAGCAAACCGUUCUGGCAGUAAAGCGCACAGAAAAAAACAACAACCCCAAAACAGAUCUUUGGAGGACGGGCAAGUCUAGUUGUCAUGCCUUUUUCCCAACCUUCUUUGUGUGUCAGUGCGUGUAUCUUUCCAUGUACUGCAGACUCUCUCUGCAGGGUGAUUGAAUAAGUCACAGCGGUUUGUAAAGCCUAUUUGUCGUCCUGCUGGUUGUACAAACCUAUUAUACGGACACUGAUGUCCUCUGAGGACCACAGAUGUCCUCUUUAAGAUCAUAUUACCUUUCAUCUGGAUGUAAUAAUUCUAAAAAGACCUCUCGCUACUCUGAAAGUCCGUUUUGGUUUUUAGUUUAACAUAUAUGAUUGUAAGGCUGCUGAUUGUGGCAUGACUGACCCGUUCUUUUUUUUCUUUUCUUUUUUUUAUCACAAGCUGUAAUCAAUAAUAUAUCACGUCUUCCUAAAUGCGUAGAUUGAGUAGGUAGUAAUGCAUUUCACACACGCACCCAUAUGGGCAUUGGUCUUUAUUUGAAGUUAUUUCGUAAUAUAAUUGAGUAUUUUUGUAAUAAUUUUGUAAGCUGGCUGCUCUUAUCAGAAUGCACUACAGUCUAUUUAAACUUUAAUAAGAUGAUCGUGUGUUGAACUUUGGCUUUGCUGUCCGACCACCCGCUGUGUCACCACUAUGUGGUUCUUAGUGAAGGAGAGCUGUGCUUCCUCAUGCAGUCAAAGUAAAUCUGAGAAUGAGCCUCUGAUCGCCCCCUACUGUUUGCCUGCCACAACUGCACUUUUCCAUCAGUGGAAUCUAAAAUCUGACAUUGUUUGUAACACAGGCUCUAGAAGGAAAAUAGUAUAGAGGACCGAGAUUUAUUAGGUCAAGUUUCACUCAUGUUAACUCAAUGAGGAACUCAUUGCCAUUCAAAUUGAUGUUUGAAAACCUACAAAGACGUCAAAACUGCCAUUAUGUUUGUGAUAAGCUCCUAGGUUGUACUUCCAUUGCAAUCAGCACCAAUGGUUUGCUCGGGCUAAUGUAAAGCCAUCCCUUGCUCGUGUGAGUAGGUUCCUGAAUACUAAGGCAGUGUGGCUGUGGUGUUGAUAUGUAGGAAGGGGCUGCAAAGGAGUUGUUCACAUUUUCGUUUGUCGUUCUGAUUUUAUUUAGGCUUGAUGAGUUUAUCACUGCCUUGGUUUUUUAUAUGUCCGAUCUUAAUGUCUAAUGUUUUUAACGUUAAUAUUUCUGGUUGAUUUUUAAGUAAUACCUAUGCCAUAUCAUUCAAGCUGAUGAGAUUUAUGACUGGUUGUUUCUUUAAGUGUUUUUAGAGCUUUUAACAUAGUUACUGUUUUCUACUUAUGUUUUUUGUUGAUGUGACACUAUCCAUUUGGUUAAGCUGUUUUGUUUUUCGUUAAAUAUUCAUCUUCUGUGUUUUAUUCAUUACUGAAGCCGAAUUAUGCUUUGUGUGUACGCACGCACUGUUUUGUCAUAACAUUUCCUUCACACUACACCUACACUACACGUUAUUUAUGUUCAUCUUUUUUGUUUUCGUUACUGAAUCUCAAAACAGAUUUACACUCUCCUUUUUUCUCAUUGUAGAUGGCAUGAUGUUAUGAGCGGUGAAAAGGGAUCUUAUCUUAUUUCCUCAUAUCUGUUCUCAGAGGAAAUAAUGCAUAGGCUCAAAUGGAAUGUCUUUUUGGAUAGGUCAAAUGUGAGAAGGAGGUCUUGACCAGGCAAAUGAAUAGGUGUUCCACAUCUCUCUCCAUCAAUGUAUUUGAUGUUUGGGGAGGGGGGACGACUGAUUUUCCCUUCCUCUGUUGUAGAAGAGAACACCAGGAACUCAUCUUAACACUAUAAUUGCUGUUACUCUAGGCCCAUCUCUGUUUUCACUGACAACUCUCAGUGAAAGUCAGUUCCACUUGCACAGGCCUUGUGAAUAACAGUGUGUCAUAUCAUGGUUAUGCUUACAUGGCACCUUCAGUAUGAUUUAGCCUAAAAAGAUAGUGAUUUAUCCAAUCAAUGACACACUUUAAACAUGUCUGCCUCUCGGAAAUCAGUUUUGUCCGUAAUAUGCCAAGCUAAUGACGAUUUACCUGUGUGUAGUCCAUGAGGAUGUACUUUACUGGUCAGCAUGACUGCUUUUAGUUUCACCUCGUACGCAAUCCAUGGAAGAUUUUUUUUUUUAAAGGCUUGUGCAACAUUUCCUUUUAAAAUGUAAACCAGAUGUGAUGUAUAUACAUGUAUAUUAAUAUAAUGUAUCACUGAACAAAAUAAAAUACACAAUGUGGUGCACACA